UAUAAUCUUUUCCUAGUAUUAAUAAAUAUACUUAUAAAGUACUUAAGGAAAUAUAUUAAUUUAGUCUUUAUAAAUUACCCUACGUUAAUUAAAGUUAAAUAUACCUUUAAUAUAAGAUUAAAUUACUAUAUAGUUAUUAUAAAUCUACUUAAGUUUUUAAAAAUAACCCUAGGAGUAGGAGAGAAAUAUAUUUUAUUAAAAUACUAA